GCCAACGGUCACACUGGCACGCUGAUGGUAGCCGGCUCUGGACGAUUUUCAGUGGAAAUCUCGCAGAGACAUUGGUGUUUUUGUGCAUCCCCCUAGCCACGAUGGCGUUCCACUGGUGUGACAACAACCUGCACACCACGGUGUUCACGCCGCGCGACUUCCAGGUGGAGCUGCUGGCCGCCGCCUACGAGCGGAACACGAUUAUCUGUCUGGGCCAUCGGAGUUCCAAGGAGUUCAUAGCCCUAAAGCUGCUCCAGGAGCUGUCGCGUCGCGGACGCCAACGUGGUCGCGUCAGUGUCUAUCUCAGUUGCGAGGUGGGCACUAGCACAGAACCAUGCUCCAUCUACACGAUGCUCACCCACUUGACCGACCUGCGGGUGUGGCAGGAGCAGCCAGACAUGCAGAUACCCUUUGAUCAUUGCUGGACGGACUACCACGUUUCCAUCCUGCGGCCAGAGGGAUUUCUUUCGCUGCUUGAAGAUCGCGAGCUGCUGCUGAGCAGUGUCGAACUGAUUGUGUUGGAGGAUUGUCACGACAGUGCCGUUUAUCAGAGGAUAAGGCGUCUCUUUGAGGAGCAUAUCAUGCCAGCAGCACCGGUGGACAGACCGCGAAUUCUCGGACUUGCUGGACCGCUACACAGCGCUGGAUGUGAGCUGCAGCAACUGAGCGCCAUGCUGGCUACCCUGGAGCAGAGUGUGCUUUGCCGGAUCGAGACGGCCAGUGAUAUUGUCACCGUGUUGCGUUACUGUUCCCGACCGCACGAAUACAUCGUACAGUGCGCCCCCUUCGAGAUGGACGAACUGUCCCUGGUGCUUGCCGAUGUGCUCAACACACACAAGUCCUUUUUAUUGGAUCACCGCUACGAUCCCUACGAGAUCUACGGCACAGACCAGUUUAUGGACGAACUGAAAGAUAUACCCGAUCCCAAGGUGGACCCCCUGAACGUCAUCAACUCGCUACUGGCCGUGCUGCACGAGAUGGGUCCUUGGUGCACGCAGCGAGCUGCCCAUCACUUUUACCAAAGCAAUGAGAAGUUAAAGGUGAAGACGCCGCACGAACGUCACUACUUGCUGUACUGCCUAGUGAGCACGGCCCUCAUCCAACUGCACUCUCUCUGCGAUCACGCAUUCCAGCGCCAGCCGGGAAGUGGCAGCGACUCACGCCAAACCAUCGAACGCUAUUCCAGCCCGAAGGUGCGACGUCUGUUGCAGACACUAAGGUGCUUUAAGCCGGAAGAGGUGCAGACCCAAGCGGACGGACUGCGCAGGAUGCGGCAUCAGGUGGAUCAGGCGGACUUCAACCGGUUAUCUCAUGCGCUGGAAAGCAGGUGCCGAAUGGUGGAUCAAUUUGACCAACCGCCAACGGAAACACGAGCCCUGGUGGCCAAUCUUGAGCAGAUUCUGCACACGACAGAGGACAGGCAAACGGUUAGAAGCGCCGCUCGAAUGGCUCCUAUUCCUGUUCCGGCAAAGCCGAAACCUAGCUCUGGCACCAACACAGCACAACCACGAACUCGUAGACGAGUGUACACCAGACGCCACCACCGGGAUCAAAAUGAUGGCAGUGACACGCUCUGCGCGCUGAUUUACUGCAACCAGAACCACACGGCACGCGUUCUCUUUGAGCUGCUGGCGGAGAUUAGCAGGCGUGAUCCCGAUCUCAAGUUCCUACGCUGCCAGUACACCACGGACCGGGUGGCAGAUCCCACCACAGAGCCUAAAGAGGCUGAGUUGGAGCACCGGCGGCAGGAAGAGGUGCUUAAGCGCUUCCGCAUGCACGACUGCAAUGUCCUGAUCGGCACUUCUGUGCUGGAAGAAGGUAUUGAUGUGCCCAAGUGCAAUUUGGUUGUGCGCUGGGAUCCCCCCACCACAUAUCGCAGUUAUGUUCAGUGCAAAGGUCGAGCCCGUGCAGCUCCUGCCUACCAUGUCAUCCUGGUGGCGCCUACUUAUAAAAGCCCAACUGUGGGUGCAGUGCAGCUGACCGAUCGGAGUCAUCGGUUUAUUUGCGGGACUGGUGAUACUACAGAGGCGGAAAGUGACUCUGACGACUCAGCAAUGCCAAACUCGUCCGGUUCGGAUCCAUAUACUUUUGGCACGGCACGCGGAACCGUCAAGAUCCUCAAUCCCGAAGUGUUCAGUAAACAACCUCCGACAGCGUGCGACAUUAAGCUACAGGAGAUCCAGGACGAAUCGCCAGCCAUAGCUCUGCUAGACACUAGCAACUCCAGCGACGAGGCCGUCAGCAUGAGUAACACGUCUCCAAGCGAGAGCAGUACAGAACAAAAGUCCAGGCGCUUCCAGUGCGAACUGUCCUCUUUAACGGAGUCAGAAGACACCAGUGAUUCCACAGCCGACAUCGAAUCUGUUGAUCGUUUAACCAGCACUACCAAGGAGUUGGUGCACCAAAUGGCUCAAUAUCGCGAGAUCGAGCAGAUGCUGCUAUCCAAGUGCGCCAACACAGAGCCGCCGGAGCAGGAGCAGAGCGAGGCGGAACGUUUCAGUGCCUGUCUGGCCGCCUACCGCCCCAAGCCGCACCUCCUAACAGGAGCCUCCGUGGAUCUGGGUACUGCUAUUGCCCUGGUCAACAAGUACUGCGCUCGACUGCCUAGCGACACGUUCACCAAGUUGACGGCUCUGUGGCGCUGCACCCGAAACGAAAGGGCUGGCGUGACUAUGUUUCAGUACACACUCCGGCUGCCCAUCAACUCGCCAUUGAAGCAUGACAUUGUGGGUCUUCCGAUGCCCACUCAAACACUGGCCCGUCGACUGGCUGCCUUGCAGGCAUGCGUUGAACUGCACAGGAUCGGUGAGUUAGACGAUCAGUUGCAGCCUAUCGGCAAGGAGGGAUUUCGCGCCCUGGAACCGGACUGGGAGUGCUUUGAACUGGAGCCAGAGGACGAACAGAUUGUGCAGCUAAGCGAUGAACCUCGUCCGGGAACAACAAAGCGGCGUCAGUACUAUUACAAACGCAUUGCAUCCGAAUUUUGCGAUUGCCGUCCAGUUGCUGGGGCACCAUGCUAUUUGUACUUCAUCCAGCUGACGCUACAAUGUCCCAUUCCCGAAGAGCAAAACACGCGGGGCCGUAAGAUUUAUCCGCCCGAAGAUGCCCAGCAGGGAUUUGGCAUUCUCACCACGAAACGGAUACCCAAGCUGAGUGCUUUCUCGAUAUUCACGCGUUCCGGUGAGGUGAAGGUUUCGCUGGAAUUGGCUAAGGAGCGCGUGAUACUAACUAGCGAACAAAUAGUCUGCAUCAACGGAUUUUUAAACUACACCUUCACCAAUGUACUGCGUCUGCAAAAGUUUCUCAUGCUCUUCGAUCCAGACUCCACGGAGAAUUGUGUUUUUAUUGUGCCCACCGUGAAAGCACCAGCAGGCGGCAAGCACAUCGACUGGCAGUUCCUAGAGCUGAUCCAAGCCAACGGAAAUACAAUGCCUCGGGCAGUGCCCGAUGAGGAGCGCCAGGCGCAGCCGUUCGAUGCCCAACGCUUUCAAGAUGCCGUCGUGAUGCCGUGGUAUCGCAACCAGGAUCAACCGCAGUAUUUCUAUGUGGCAGAGAUAUGUCCACAUCUAUCCCCACUCAGCUGCUUCCCUGGUGACAACUACCGCACGUUCAAGCACUACUACCUCGUCAAGUAUGGUCUGACCAUUCAGAACGCCUCGCAGCCGCUAUUGGAUGUAGAUCACACCAGUGCUCGGUUAAACUUCCUCACGCCACGAUAUGUUAAUCGCAAGGGCGUUGCUCUACCCACUAGUUCGGAGGAGACAAAGCGGGCAAAGCGCGAGAAUCUCGAGCAGAAGCAGAUCCUUGUGCCAGAGCUCUGCACUGUGCAUCCAUUCCCCGCCUCCUUGUGGCGAACCGCCGUGUGUCUGCCCUGCAUCCUAUACCGCAUUAAUGGUCUUCUGUUGGCCGACGAUAUUCGGAAACAGGUCUCUGCGGAUCUGGGGCUAGGAAGGCAACAGAUCGAAGAUGAGGAUUUCGAGUGGCCCAUGCUAGACUUUGGAUGGAGUCUAUCAGAGGUGCUAAAGAAAUCGCGGGAGUCCAAGCAAAAGGAAUCCCUUAAGGGUGAUACUAUUAAUGGCAAGGACUUAGUUGAAGUUGAGAAGGAGCCGAUAAGUAAGGAGACCCAACUAGACAAGGAUUCCAAAGCCGAUAAAGUUGAGAAAAGUGCAAUCGAACUAAUCAUUGAGGGAGAAGAAAAGCUGCAAGAGGCCGAUGACUUCAUUGAGAUCGGCACUUGGUCAAACGACAUGGCCGACGAUAUAGCGAGCUUUAAUCAAGAAGACGACGAUGAUGAAGAUGCUUUCCAUCUUCCAGUUCUGCCGGCAAACGUUAAGUUCUGUGAUCAGCAAACCCGCUAUGGCUCGCCCACAUUCUGGGAUGUGAGCAAUGGAGAAGGCGGCUUCAAGGCUCCGAAGAACAGUCAGAAUAAGCAGGGCGCCAAGAGCAAAGGAAAGGGUCCGGCAAAGCCCACAUUUAACUAUUAUGACUCGGACAAUUCGCUGGGCUCCAGCUACGACGAAGACGAUAACGUGGGACCGCUCAAUUACAUGCAUCACAACUACAGUUCGGAUGACGACGAUGUGGCAGAUGAUAUCGAUACGGGGCGUAUUGCGUUCACCUCCAAGAACGAGGCGGAGACUAUCGAAACCGCCCAGGAAGUGGAGAAGCGCCAGAAGCAGCUGUCCAUCAUCCAGGCAACCAAUGCCAACGAGCGGCAAUACCAGCAGACCAAGAACCUGCUCAUUGGAUUUAAUUUUAAUCAUGGGGAUCAGGAGCAGAAAGAACAUCCCACCAUUAGAUAUGAAGAAUCCAUAGCUAAGCUUAAAACGGAAAUUGAAUCCUGCGGGAUGUUGGUGCCGCAUGACCAGCAGUUGAUGCUAAAAAGAAGUGAUGCCGCUGAGGCUCAGGUUGCAAAGGAUUCGAUGAUGGAGCUGUUGAAACAGCUGCUGCCGUAUGUAAAUGAGAAUGUGCUGGCCGAAAAGCUGGGUGAUAGGCGGGAGCUUCUGCUGUCGGAUUUAGUAGAGCUGAAUGCGGAUUGGGUAGCUCGGCAUGAGCAGGAGACCUAUAACGUAAUGGGAUGCGGAGAUAGUUUUGACAACUACAACGAUCAUCAUCGGCUGAACUUGCAUGACAAGCAACUGAAACUGCAAUAUGAUCGAAUGGAAAUUGAGCCACCUACUGCCAAGAAGGCCAUAUCAUCAGCAAUAUUACCAGCUGGCUUCAGUUUCGAUCGACAACCGGAUUUGGUGGGUCAUCCAGGACCCAGUCCCAGCAUCAUUUUGCAAGCCCUCACAAUGUCCAAUGCUAACGAUGGCAUCAAUCUAGAGCGACUGGAGACAAUUGGAGAUUCCUUUCUGAAGUAUGCCAUUACCACCUACUUGUACAUCACCUACGAGAACGUGCACGAGGGAAAGCUAAGUCACCUGCGCUCCAAGCAGGUUGCCAAUCUUAAUCUCUAUCGUCUGGGCAGACGCAAGAGGCUUGGUGAAUAUAUGAUAGCCACUAAAUUCGAGCCCCACGACAACUGGCUGCCACCCUGCUACUACGUGCCAAAGGAGCUGGAAAAGGCGCUCAUCGAGGCGAAGAUCCCCACUCACCAUUGGAAGCUUGCUGAUUUGCUAGACAUCAAGAACCUCAGCAGCGUGCAAAUCUGCGAGAUGGUCCGCGAAAAAGCCGAAGCCCUGGGCUUGGAGCAGAAUGGAGGUGCCCAAAACGGGCAACUUGACGACUCCAACGACAGCUGCAAUGAUUUUAGCUGUUUUAUUCCCUAUAACCUUGUUUCCCAGCACAGCAUUCCCGAUAAGUCCAUUGCCGAUUGCGUCGAAGCCCUCAUAGGAGCCUAUCUCAUUGAGUGCGGGCCCCGAGGGGCCCUACUCUUUAUGGCCUGGCUGGGAGUAAGAGUGCUCCCUAUCACCAGGCAGCUGGAGGGGGCUAACCAGGAGCACCGAAUACCCGGAAGCACCAAACCAAACGUCGAAAAGAUGGUUACCGUUUACGGAGCAUGGCCCACACCGCGUAGUCCACUGUUGCACUUUGCUCCCAACGCUACGGAGGAGCUGGACCAUUUACUAAGUGGUUUUGAGGUGUUCGAGGAGAGUUUGGGAUACAAGUUCCGGGAUCGUUCGUACCUUCUGCAAGCCAUGACACAUGCCAGCUACACACCCAAUCGAUUGACGGAUUGCUACCAGCGCUUGGAGUUCCUGGGCGAUGCUGUACUAGAUUACCUAAUUACGCGGCAUUUAUACGAAGAUCCCCGCCAGCAUUCUCCGGGCGCUUUAACGGAUUUGCGGUCGGCACUGGUGAAUAACACCAUAUUCGCCUCUCUGGCUGUUCGCCAUGGCUUCCACAAGUUCUUCAGGCACCUAUCGCCGGGUCUUAACGAUGUGAUUGACCGUUUCGUGAGGAUCCAGCAGGAGAAUGGUCAUAGCAUCAGUGAGGAGUACUACUUAUUGUCCGAGGAGGAGUGCGAUGACGCGGAGGACGUUGAGGUUCCCAAGGCAUUGGGCGACGUUUUUGAGUCGAUCGCAGGCGCCAUCUUCCUGGACUCAAACAUGUCACUGGACGUGGUGUGGCACGUAUACAGCAACAUGAUGAGCCCGGAGAUCGAACAGUUCAGCAACUCAGUGCCAAAAUCGCCCAUUCGGGAGCUGCUCGAGCUGGAGCCGGAAACAGCCAAAUUCGGCAAGCCCGAGAAGCUGGCGGAUGGGCGACGGGUGCGCGUUACCGUGGAUGUCUUCUGCAAAGGAACCUUCCGUGGCAUCGGGCGCAACUAUCGCAUUGCCAAGUGCACGGCGGCCAAAUGCGCUCUGCGCCAGCUCAAAAAGCAGGGCUUGAUAGCCAAAAAAGACUAAGAAGUCAUCGCUGCAAUCGUGUUUCAUUAGAUUUAAUGAUCAUUUCUUUAGGCUUAAGAACAUUAAUUGUACAAAUCUUAAAUAUAUUGUCUAUGUCGGAAUAACCAAUGACACUAGUCUAAUUUGAGCAAAAAAUGUUGCACGUUACACUCCUAUCGAAAUAUCGAUAUAAUGGAAUUUUAAAAAUUGAAAAUAUCUGCGCUACGUGUAGAAACAUAAAUAUGCAACCUCCUCGAAAACAGUGGAUCAAAUUGUAAUGAAACUUUUUGCAUAAGCAAUUAAUAAAAUUACAAAACUUUUAAGGUACCGUGCAAAGUGGAA